AUGGGGGUGCGGCCCUCCAGCCCCUUGGACAAACGGCAGCAGCAGCAGCUGAGGGGUCAAGUGGACGGCCUGCUGCGGGCCUUCUUGCCCUGUUACCGCAGGCAGCUAGCUGCAGCCGUGCUGAGGCAGAUCUCCAGGGAGCUAGAACCCCGGGAGACGGUCGGAAGCCAGCUGUCCCACACCAAAAAGCUGCCUCGAGUCCGGGAGCACCAGGGACCCUUGACCUUGCUGUGGGGCCACCCACCACAGUGGCAACCCACCUUCUGUGUCCUGCGGGGGGAUGGACGUCUGGAAUGGUUCAGCCAAAAGGAGGAGUAUGAGUCUGGGGGCCGUCCACUGGGCUCCACAGCCCUGACCGGGUACACGCUGCUCACUUCCCAGCGUGAAUACCUCUGCCUUUUGGAUGACCUCUGCCCAAGCUCCUCUGGAGACCUCGCUCAGGAGGAGCCGCUGAGGGUGCUGGAGGAGCCGGUGAGCUUCCCGCUCUUCCUCGCGCACCCUUUCCGGGCUCACCUUUGCUUCUGUGCGGGCACUCGAGGAGCGCAGCGCGCCUGGAGGCUCGGCCUGCAGGGUGCCAUCCGGCUGAGAGCCACCGUCCUGCAGCGCAGCCGGGUGCCCGCGGCCUGCGCCUUCCUGGACGCCGUGCAGCUCUAUCGACGACGCCGGGGCUUUGCCGGUGGCGAUGACGCGACACUGGGCUCCGAUGCGGAGGUGCUGAGCGCCGAGCUGAUGCGGGAACUGUUGCCGGCGCUGCGCUCACAGACGCUGCGGGGCCUGCGGGGUGCGGGGCGCGCCCGGGCCCGGGCCUGCGCCGAGUUCCUCGACGCUGUGCACGCGACGGUCCUGGCCCGGGUAUCCGCAGGGCUGCGCGCAUUCCAGCCAGAAAAAGACGCGCUGCUGGCGAAGCUCGAGAGGACAGUGCGCGCGGAGUUCGAGCAGAUCAUGCAGCAGCGAGCCCAGUGGGCGCAGAAACUAGAAGCCGAGAUCCGGGACCCCCUGGAGGCAUGCCUGUGCCGCAUGGUGGAUCCGCAACUGCCCCAGCUUACCCUUGCACUGCUGAGCCCUGUGGAAGCCACCCUCGGAACGGUUCGGACUCUCCUCAUCCGGGGCAUGGACCGGCUGUCUCACCACCUGCACAAGAACCCUUCUGGCACACGGCUACGCAGGGAGGUUUAUGAAUUUGGGGAGAUACCUUGGGACCCAGAGCUGAUGCAGGCCUGCUAUCGGGAGGCGGAGAGAAACCGCAGCCACCUGUCCCAGCUGGCUGAACCAUUUGGCUUCCUGGGGAUGCAGAGCCUGGUGUUUGGGGCCCAAGAUCUUGCACAACAGCUCAUGGCGGCCGCCGUUACCACCUUCCUACAACUGGCUGACCAAUGCCUGACCUCGGCUCUGGACUGCAGCCAGGCAGCUGAGCAGCUGCAGAAAGUCAGGGGCCUCGUGCUGAAGAAGUUCACCUGGGACAGUGAGACCACUCGAUGGAGCUUCACCAGGGACUGGCUGCUGGGAAUCUUCUGGCCCUUUGUGUGGAGCCAGCUUGUGGUGAGCUCUAACUCGGAACAGCCUGAGGUGGAUGGGGACAUCCUGGCCAUGGGCUGCCAGGUUCUGACCACUGAAGGUGUCUGCAGGGACGUCAUCCAGGGCCUCCUUCUGCAGAGGAUUGACAGAGAGUUGAAAAAGAGUCUUGGUGCCAGUGACAGAGUGUGCUCUCCAGCUGGCUGCUCAGUAUCCCUGUGGCUACCCCUGGGUUGGGACAUGGGACAUCCAGGUGACAGUUUUCAUUUCCACAGAUGA